UUUUCGAUACAGUUUUUGGCAGUCCGCUUCUAGCUUUAUAAUUGUUAAUUGUUCCGUUGUUGGAUUACCACAGUGUGAAGUUGUUUAGUACUAAUCAAAAAUGGAAAAGUUUGUGUUUCUAUCAGUGCUACUUGCAUCGCUUUUAAGCGUCAAUGGUCAAGUUGUGUUCCCCCGUCAAUGUCCCAAUAAUCCGAUUAUGGCACCUUUCGUUCCACAACAAUACGCCGGUCGUUGGUACGAAAUUAGUCGCUACAACACUGAAACUCAAACGGAUGGCGAUUGCACUUUGUCGCAGUACACAUUGGUAAAUCCCCAACUUUUCAACGUUCAGUACAAUAUGCUUGUCGGGCCGCAACCGAUACAAAUUAACGGACAAUCAGCUGUGUCCUUUCCCAACGAGGUUCCACUACGUGGUAUGUUAAAUCUAUCAUUUGGCGGUCCACCAACAACAUCAAAUUAUUGGAUUCUCGGCACGGAUUUCGUUAACUAUUCCGUUGUUUGGUUCUGUCAGAAUCUGAAUGUUACACACUCAUCAGAAACUGCUUGGGUUUUGUCCAGACAACGAACCAUUCCACCACCAGCUCAACAAGCCGUAGAUUUUCUUAUCAAUCAGUUCUUGGUUCCAGCUCUAUUGAGGCCGACUGUUCAAGAUUUUGCUAGAUGCGGCAAUUAAAAUUGGAUCUGCGAUUGGUCGUAAGCGUGAAACCAUUGUGAAGAAAAAGAAUAGUUCUGAGAGAAUAAUAAAAAGAUUUGCGUAUGAUCUCUAUACAAUGAAAUAAACUGACCAUCGACC